AUGAAACGUAUUGUAAAAACGGAAGAAAUCUUUAUGUUAAUUAAAAUAGAAAAUAUAUCAGAUAUAAAUGCUGUGAAUCAUGUGAAAUUAGCAUUUAAACAUAUUAUCCUGGACUUAUUCGGAUUAUCAAUGUUACUAAAAGUGGAUUAUAAAUUAUUCAAGUUUGGCAAUGUCAAUAAUUUCUUUGUUUUAAAAACAGACAUACGAUUUUUGAACCUCUUUCUCUACAUAAUACAACCAAACAAUACACAAAAAUUUGAAUUUAAUCUAAAGCUUUUUAAAAUUUCAAAUUUAUUAACAAAUUUAACAACCAUACCAACUAUCUCUUUAAAUAUAUACGAGCAACCUAAACACUGA